UCUUUUAAUUAGACUCUUAAUGGUGUUAGUUAAUUAUUAUUAAUUAAUAAUAUAGAUAUGCAGAAAUGUCAACACAGAGACCACGAGGUUUAGAUAACAAAAUUCUUCAAGCUAAGCUCCAAAAUCGGAUAGUUAAUGCGCCAAUGAAAUCUGUUUACUAUCAACCAAUCAUUUCUUAUCACUUCUUUUUAAUUAGCCUUACAAAUCACACCAUUUUUCGGUCAAUCAAAAUUUACCUAUUAAACGUGGUUCGGCGCUAUCUGUCAAAAUCGUUCCUGCAUUGUUCUCCCUAACUGUGUUGGUCUGUUAUAGAAGGCGUACGGGUAUAAGCGUCUUCCCCCCUUUUAAUAUUUGUUUUAACAUUAUAAAUAUGAUUUGCAAUAAAUGAAGCUAUCAUUAAACAUAAUUAUUAGGGGUUUUUUUUGUUCCCUAUAUAGAAGACGUCCGCGUAUAAGCGUCUUCACCCCUUUUUAAUUUAAGUUUAAAUUUUAAAUACAGCUUUUUAAUCUUAGUGUGGGAUAUAAUCCCACCGUUUUCUGGCCCCAUCCAGUGCAAUUAUUUUGCAUUGUUUAAAUACAGCUUUUUAAUCUUAGUGUGGGAUAUAAUCCCACCGUUUUCCGGCCCCAUCCAGUGCAAUUAUUUUGCAUUGUUGGGGCAGGAAAUAUUGUACUCACUAGUCACAUAUGCAGAUAUUAACUAAAUAAAGUGUUUUCCCUAUAAUAAAUGAAGCAUAUGCUCGCCCAUAUGGUUUUAAACCAGUGGCGAGGGUAAAUAAACUCAACACACACACACAGUCUUUCAAUCCAUUCCACUCACUUAAAGGUUCCUGAGCUCGCUUUAAAAUUGCUCUUUUUAGUAUCUAAUCAUAUUAAACAUACUUUAAUAAAAUUAUUUUUCCUAAAAUUCGAAUAAAAUUCACGGAAAUUGCUUUAGUAUUACCGUUACAAAACCCGGUAUCGCACAGAUGAUAGACUUGCUAUCCGUUUAGCAGGUGCGACCUCAAACCGGAAGUGACGUAUAAUUAUCCCUAGUGUAAACUGAAAGUAGUAACUUCACAAUAUAAACACGUACAAUUGGUACUGAAAAUACGAAUUAUGGAAGGUAAUGUCUUUGAUUACGAGUUGGAUGAUAAUUUUGUCGUUCAGCCAUACAUGUACGAACCUGAACCGACAAUUGAAAUUAACGAGAGCGAUUCCAAUGAUGAAGAAUCGGAGGAAGAAUUAGACUUUGAUUUCGCCGUAGAAAAUGACCGAAAUCGAGAGAGGAUUGGGAAUGUUAACUGGUGUGAAUGCAGAAACUGCAGCGCCAUGCCAACCGGUAUUGAGAGUAAAUGCUGCAUGGAGUUUGGAGAGCUUUCUGAAAAGCUUGACGGUUUUUGCUGUAUAACCCAACAUCCAGGAUUUGUGGGGAACUGUUUAAAUAGGGAUGUUAUUGAAGUGUCAUUUUACGAAUUUCUUCAGCAAAAUGGACCAGUGGGAGACGAGGAGCCAAUUCAUGAGACAUACAGGUAUGUGGCCUAUCGAAGACUUGCACGGUGGAUUUGGCAUCGUCUGGCAAAAUAUGACAGGCGUGUGUUACCUGCAUGUGCAGUCACAGCAAUUAGAGCAUACUUUCCUUCACAACAAUACACUGGAUACAAAUAUGCCCGGGAUUUUUGAUGACAUCUAGUGUCAUGAAUACCUAGAUUUGAAAGCAGAAAUAGCUUCUGACUUCGAGACAUGAUUUGCUCCUGAUGAGAGGGGUGGGGGUGCAACAUAAAGUUGAUAUGCAGCUACCUGUGCUUUCUUGUGAGAGCUGAACUUCAUCCUAAGUCGAAUCAGCUCUGAAUUUAGCUUGUCAAUGUAAUCUGUAACAAGUAAACAAAACAUCAGUCAUUGAUACUUGUAACUUUGUAUAUAUUAUUACUGGUUAGGAGUGUUUAAGAAAUUAAAGUUGUAUAUGAUUGACUCUUGCAUUCCAUGUUCAUAUGAAUUGAGUGCAAUAAAAGAUAAACAAAACAACUUGUAGAAAUCUUUUAAGUCAUUCCUAUUAUUAUAUCAGUAUAUUGGUUAUUCAAUUUAUAAUUUAAACAUAAUAGUUUUCACCAAUUUCUACAUAAGCAGCAGAAU